CGCCUGUCCAGGUGUUCGGUGUAUGAUAUUGCAGAGAUCCGGACCGUUUUGGAGCUUUAACACUGUAUCUGCAUGAAAUGGCCUAACGUGAUAUGCUUUGUGUCCGAGCCCGGCUGUCACUCGGGCAUGUGAAAUGCCACUCCCCGCCCCAGCGCUCCCUCAUCUCCGUGAGAAUGAAGCGGGAACCCCGUCAAAAAUGAAGACUGACACAGGGGUUAGAAUUUGAGCUCCGUGUUUAUACCUCGAUUGGGAAAAGCUAGCGGUUGGGCUAGCCUGUUAGCCCAGACAGCUGAGACACCCGGCGGCGGCUCGGAUAUCUUAAUUGUACGGCCAUGGCUGGACUCAUCAAGAAGCAGAUCCUGAAGCAUCUCUCCAGGUUUGCAAAAAAUCUGUCGCCAGACAAGAUCAACCUGAGCACGCUGAAGGGGGAGGGCCAGCUGACCAACCUGGAGCUGGAUGAGGAGGUUCUCCAGAGCUUGCUUGACCUUCCCACCUGGCUCGCCAUCAACCGUGUGGAAUGCAACAAGGCUGCCAUCAGGAUACCAUGGACCAAGUUGAAGACGCACCCUAUAUCUUUGACUUUGGACAAAGUGGUGAUGGAGAUGAGUACCUGUGAUGAACCCCGCCCCCCUAAUGGCCCGUCUCCUAUAGCAACAGCAUCAGGACAAAGUGAAUAUGGAUUUGCUGAGAAAGUGGUUGAGGGCAUGUCACUGUCCAUCAACUCCAUUGUCAUCAGAAUCAGCGCCAAGGCCUUCAACGCCUCCUUCGAGCUGUCGCAGCUGCAGGUCUACAGCGUCAACACCAGCUGGAGCAUCAGCGACCUGCGCUUCACCCGCAUCCAGGACCCUCAGAGGGGAGAGAUUCUGACAUUCAAAGAGAUCAGCUGGCAGAUGAUUCGAAUCGAAGCUGACGCCAUCCAGAGCGCCGAACACGAGAUGCUGAGUGCCCCCAUCCGCCUAAUCACCAACCAGUCCAAGAUCCGAGUCACUCUGAAGAGACGGAUUAAGGACUGCAACGUGGUGGCAUCCAAGCUGAUUCUGAUCCUGGAUGACCUGCUCUGGGUGCUGACCGACUCACAGCUCAAAGCCAUGGUGCAGUACGCCAAGUCUCUGAGCGAGGCCAUGGAGAAGUCGGCGCAGCAGAGGAAGAGCAUGGCUACGGAAGAUCAGGUGUCAUCAGCGCCCCCAUCAGCCCAGCAGGUUCGCACCCAGCAGGCGUCCACAGCAGCUGACCAGAGUGCAACCAUGGCCAAGCUGUUCAGCGCCUACGAUGUGUGCGAGACAUCUCACCACCUCCAAAUCACACACCUCGACCUGCACAUCUGUGAUGACAUCCACGCGAAGGACAAAGUGAUCAAUAAGAGGAUAACAGGGGGUGCUAUGCAGCUUUCCUUUAGCUCCAUCACUCUGGAUUACUACCCUUUCCACAGAGCAGGUGACAGCUGUGUUCACUGGAUGCACUACAGCGAGGCCACAAAGACCAGAGAGGGCUGGGCGCGGACUCUGCUCGACGAGUUCAAGUCCAACGUCGAAAUGUUAAAGAGCGCGGUGCGAGACCAGCAAGGACCGCCACCUGCCCAUAGUUCCCCACAACACAGUAAAAUCAACACCUCCUCCAGUUCUUCCUUCAGUCCUCCUCCACCUCAAACCCCAAAGACACAGCUCAUGUCCAGCUCUGUGGUCCUCAGGAUGGCCGACUUCAGCAUCUACCAGGUUUCAACAGCUGACCAGCGCCGCUCCAGCCCCAAAGCCAUGAUCUCCUGCAAUAAAAAGUCUCUGUACCUUCCCCCAGAGAUGCCCGCCAUUCAUGUGGAGUUCACAGAGUACUAUUUCCCUGAUGGAAAAGACUACCCUAUCCCAUGUCCUAACCUGUACGCCCAGCUGAACGCCCUGCAGCUUGUCCUGGAUCCUCGCAGCUUGGUGUGGAUCAACCUCUUCGCCCUCGACCUCCGGCAGAGUCUGGAGCAGUUCAUGGAGAUCUACAAGCUGAGCGACUCGCAGAAAUCAGACGAGCAUGUGGACAUCAAAGUUGACGGCCUCAUGCUCAAGCUGGUAAUACCUACUGAUCGGGAUGCCUCCUGUCCCGCUGAUCUGCCUCGCUCCAUCUCAGUGCAGACCUCUGAAAUGGUGGCCACAAACACCCGACAACCUGCAAACUGCACCCGCUCCCACCUUGAAGCCCUGCUGCAGGCAUUUGAGGAGGAACCCUUCUUCUCCACGUCUUACACAUCAUUUCCUCGUUCCACGUCUUCCUUACCCCUGCUGCAUCCCGUCUUCCAGCGCCAUGCACACGAACAAGACACCAAGCUCCAUGACAUCUACCGUGGACUGGUGGUUCCGACGAUGGGCGCAGACGCCCUCAAGAUGCCUGCAGCUGCUGACUUUUGGGCGCUGCACUUUUCCCAGUUCUGGGUGGACUACGAAGGCACCCGUGGUGGAAAAGGGCGGCCGCAGCCCUUUGUGGACUCGUUCCCUCUCACCGUGUGGGCGUGUCAGCCUGCAAAGAUUGUUCAUCAUCAAGAGAAGCUCAGAGGUGCCGCUGGAUCAGGUCUGCCCAGGAGCACGUCUGGGGAAGCUAUCGCUCGUCUGCAGAGGAAACGAUUGCUAAAGGAGUAUUACAGCACUGAUGGUGCUCCAACAUCAACUCAUAGCAAUGAUGCAACACCACCUGCUAGCAAUGGACUCCAUAAACCUCACUCAUUGGACAGUCUCCCUUCCUCCUCCUCUUCUCUGUCAUCAUCAAAUAAAAAUGCUGAUGUGCAAGUUUUGGUGCAUGUGCAGAAGCAUUUAAGUGCUCAGGUGAGCCACCGGCAGUACGUGUUCCUGAUGCAACUCCAGCGCAGCAUCAAGGCCCUGCAGCAGACCCUGCAGCAGGAUCUGGAGGAGAUGAGCUCCAAGAAGGACCGUAAAGAUCCCUCGCAGCGUCCUGCAGACCACCAGCCGUUCACCGCCUGCCUCGGCCUGCUUCUGAAAAGCGCAGAGGUGUCCUUGCUCCUGAAACCUGUCUCUCAGCCCGAGGGUUCAGGGUCUCCUCUGGGGUCUGAACUCUCACCAUCAGAGAGCCGAGGUACCCUGGAGCCUGGGAGCGACACUGGAGAGGGAGCGGAGAAGAGUGAGAGGGGGAGCGAAGGAGCUGGGUCUGGGUCUGAUGGAGGGGCAGCAAAAGGAGCUUGUAACACUGUAGACCAGCUGCUGUGUGGAGAUGGCUCAGACGGGCCCGCUCCACUCGUUCCCUCCUCCGCCCCAGCUGCACGUCCUGACUUAAAUCACAAAGCCUCACUGGAGGAGAGGACUACAGCUAAGAACUCUGGGAAAUGGAGUUCAGAGGAUGGGGGUGAGGUGGUUGUUGAUGGGUUGACUGGAGGUGAGGAAGGUGGGGUUGGAUUAGACUCUAAAACCCAGACAGGAGACUCCCUGUUGGACCCUCUGAGCAGCAAAGAGUGGAACGACAAAGACACGAGUGCAGCCUCCAAGAUGCCUCAGUCAAUAUCCAGUGGUCGUUUGAUGCGGGAUCGCUCCCAGUCCAGCUUCUCUGUGUCCUACAAGAACAUGAAGAAGAGCCCAUCCCUGCAGUCGCUUGACAACAUUUCUAUAGACAGCUACCUGAUGGAGGAUGGGGACACUUACAGCCUGCUUGAGAGAGAUGACGUGUCCAUCUCAGGCUUCAAGGAUGCCAUCAGCGAGCAAAGUGCCACAGAGAGCGCCACUGAAGCCGUGAUUGGUCCUGAGCAGGAGGGAGGCGUGUCCCCUGACACUGUCAGUGCUACAUCCCAGAGCAUCGAUGAUCCCACCAAGGAUAUAGUGUCAGUGCUGGUGUUGAAGGUGCGGUCAGUAUGUGUGGCCAUGGAGGCGGAGGGAGAGAGCACGGCUGUGGCUCUGGAGGUGGGACAGGUGACACCGAGCCAGCUGGGAAAUGUCAGCCUCAGGCAGUAUCUCAGCAACCGCAGCCUGGGUAUGGUGUGUUCAGUACCAAUACCUGCUCAAAGCAGCCAAGCUGGCUGUGAGCUCAGCUCCACCUCCGUCAGGGGCCUCCACAGUCCAGAGGUGCGCGCUCGCCUGGAGAGCGGGCCCUGUGCCGCUGCUCACUCCCCGCUCGCCGAGCGGAACGGCUUCCUGCAGCUGCAUCUCCAUGGAUACCAGGCAAGCUUCUUGAUGUCCACAAUGCAUAACCUGGCCCACUUCCUGGAGGACGACUCGGCGCCGCAGGUGCUGCCCAUGGAGAUCAGUGUCAGGGACACACACAUCAACUUGAAGGACGACGGCCCUCGCGACAACCCAUCUGACCCAGAGCCCUCUCCAAUCACGCUGCACGUGGACAGCCUCAUCAUCCACAGAAGAGAUGACGGCUCCUUCUCUAUAGGAGUGGACAACACUUCAGAAAACAAGUCCAAGAAAGAUGGCGUGUUGAUUGACAGCGCUCUGAGUCCCGUUCCUGAGAUGGUGGGCGGCGUCUGCACGGUACCAAAGGCUACACAGACUCAAGCCCCGCCCAGCAGUCCACCUCCAUCCAGCAGAGAAAAGAUGCUGCUGGAGGAAAACGAAUGUCUGAAAGUGGAGCUGUCCCGAGCCAAGAUGGCGCUGGCUGAGGCUCAGAUGGAGAAAGACUCAUUGCUGCACCGUAUAAAGAAUCUCAAAGUCAACACUAGCUAGAUUUUUCAAUCUAUUCUUUCACGCUACCAGCAAGUCUUACUCGGCCCUCACCGGUGUGAGGUUUGAGGGUCAGCAGCUUAAAGGCAACAUCAACAAGUGAAGAGAAAAGGGGGGGGGGUUUCUUUCUCUCAAUCAGCUCCCUUUGUGUGCUUAUUUGUUGAGCGAGCCACUUUAAAACUUCAGAAAAAUUCCUUCAUAAAGCAAUGCAGAGUCUGUGUGAAGACUCACAGCUCGUCGUCUGUUUUACGUGCGCCACUUUGAACCGGGGAGGCUCGACAUGGUUGAGGGGGAAAAAAAAAAGGGAGAGGUGACAUUUAGCGGGCCUACGUGUGUUUGUUUGUGUGUGGAGAAGAAAGAGGAUCUAUAUCCAUGGUUGUGCCUACAGAAUACCCCUCCCACACUGUUCCUGUUGUGUAAGAAAAACCAGAUAGAGGAAAAUCACAGAUCUUAAAUGUUCAUUCAAUCCUGUAGAUAUGAAGAAAUAAGAAUGUCGUAUCUUCAGAUGAAUGUCUCAAAAGAAUAUUUGCACUGCUCUGAAAUUAAUUGUAAUUUUAGUGCUUUCCUAUUCAGAGGGGGGCGACGAAUCAUGCUCUCCGUCGCCUUCAGAGUGUGUACAGUGUAUAUUGUAUAAGAAUGUGAACACACGAAUAUUUUCUUCAGAAACUUUGUGCAGUGUUUCAGUUGAAUGUGUGUGUUUGUUGCAGCCAGAACAAGCAUUUCAUUACAAAUAGAGGAUAAGAAAUUUCUAUGUCAGUUUCACGGCUUUGUCAGCAAAAUGCCCCACUAUAAAGUCUGUAUCCCUGUUCUUAUUUUUCUAUGUGUAAAUAGCUUCUUAACAUGUGCAGCACUUUUAAAACUAAGGCACUGUACAUACAAAAGAACUGUGAGAGAAAAAAAAUGAGUGUAGGAGGAAGUAAAGGCGCAUUGAAGCUGCCUGAUUACAUAAAUGUGUUUCUAAUCUGCCGUGUGUAAUUUUUUUCAUGGACAUAUCUGCUGCUGUUCCUUAAUGGGAGAGGAUGUUAACUUUUCUAUCAUGCUUCAGGACAGCACAAAAGGUGAUAAAAUGAUGUUUUUAUGUCUGAAGAAUUUGCUCACACACUCAACACUUAACAGUGGAUUCAUCCAAUCCAUCAUAUGCAGUCUGUACCUUCACUUCAAGAGUCCGCUCCGUGUAAAAGACAUGACACAAAAUAGUUCUCAGAACCAAGACUUGAAAUGUCAAACGUAGGGUUUUAACAAGAUUGUAUGUGAAGUUUUGCCAGUGAAUAGGAUUUUUUAAAAUCUGACUUUCAUCCAUCAUCACAGCCCUCCUCCUCCUUCCAUCUCUGGAAAACUCCGCCCGCUCAAACCCUGUGGAGGAAGAAAAAGAAGAAGUAAUAAUAAGUUGUAUUUUGUCUGUCAAAGCUGCUGAAAUACUGAUGAAAAUAAAAGGGUAUCCAAUUAA